AUGCAUAAAGAUCCCCUCAAUUACCAACCCACUGCGGAUUCAAAUCUCGAAGCCCUUGGAUAUACGGCCGAACUGUCCCGGAAUCGGUCAACAUGGCAGGUGGUGUUCAUGUGCUUCAUCCUGGCCUCGGUGCCCUACGGUCUUUCGACAACCAUGUCGUACUCUAUAACGGGUGGCGGCUCGGUCGCUAUGAUCUGGGGCUGGAUCAUUGUCUCCCUCAUCAUGCUGUGCGUAGGUAGCUCUCUAGCGGAGAUCACGUCGGUCUUUCCCACUGCCGGCGGUGUUUACUAUCAGACCUUUGCCCUUUCCCCCUCAUGGUGCCGUCGCUCCACGGCCUGGAUUUGCGGCUGGUCGUAUAUUGCUGGCAACAUCACUAUCACCCUUGCAGUCAAUUUUGCGACCGCGCUGUUCUUCGUGGAGAGCCUGAAUGUGUUUGAGAACUCAUCGGGAAAUGGCAUUGCGGAAAACUUCCAGCCCUAUCAAGAGUUCCUCAUUUUUGUUGUUAUUACACUGAUCUGCCAUUCGAUGCCAGCCUUUGGUAAUCGGUGGCUCACUCAUCUCGAGGUAAGUCCCAGAGCUCGAGGUCCUUGA